CUCAGUUGCCGGGAGGGUUUGUUGGGAUGGGUGGCUGAGAUGCGGGAGCGUCCGUCUUCCAGCGGUCUGAAGUGGGGAGAAUAUGACACCUGAAUUUAGCCAAAGUUCCCAGAUAAUGCUGGUGUCUGAUGUCUCUUCUAUCCGUUCCCUGCAGAAUCACUGCUCAGAUAGACUGUCCCCAGCGAUGUCUGAGCGGGUGUCCCACGUUGGCUAACUGCAGACCUCGCUGUUUUUCAGGUUCGUUCCUCCCACCGCUUUAGGACACAAGGGGCCGACCCCAGAGACCUGCCAUGAAACCACACUUGAAGCAAUGGAGACAACGAAUGCUCUGCGGGAUAUUUGCGUGGGGGCUCCUCUUCGUGGUGAUUUUCAUCUACUUCACCGACAGCAGCCCUGCCGAGCCCGCGCCCAGCUCCUUCUCAGUCCUGGAGACCGGGAGGCUGCUGCCCCUGCAGGGGAAGCAGAGGGCCAUCAUGGGCGCCGCGCAGGAGCCCUCCCUGCCGGAAGGCGUGGACGCCGACAGCGCGCUGCUCCGGGGACGCCCGUCUGGCCCCUUUCUCGCGGGUCCCGGCGACCUGCAGAAAGGGGCCGAGGGGCAAGAUGGGUUUGAAAGUACAGAAGAGUUCUUGGCAUCCCAGAUCGGGAGAAAAUCUCAGAGUGCUUUCUACCAGGAGGACGACGACUACUUCUUUGCUGCCGGUCAGCCAGGGGCGCACAGCCACGCUCAGGGCACGCCGGGGCCCCUAGCGCCCGGGGACCGCGGCCGGCGGGAGGCGGUGCUGCCGGCAGGCCCGGCGCAGCGGCGGCGAGCGAGCAAGGGGCCCGGCCCGCAAGCCGGGAGCCGGGCGGUGCAGGAGGGCGGCGGGGCCCGGCGGGCCGCCUCCAUGUCCCGGGCCUUCCUGCAGCGGCUGUGGCAGGGCAACGUGUCCUCGCGCAUGCUCAGCCCGCGCCUGCAGCGCGCCAUGAAGGACUACCUGGGCGCCAACAGGCACGGCGUGCGCUUCCGCGGGCGGCGCGCGGCCGGCCGCAGCCGGGCCCAGCUUCUGUGCGCGCUGCGGCGCCGUGUGCGCGUGCGCACGCUCGACGGCUCCGAGGCGCCCUUCGCGGCGCUGGGCUGGCGCCACCUGGUGCCCCGCGUGCCGCUCGGCCGCCUGCACCCGCGCGGCCUGCGCUCCUGCGCCGUGGUCAUGUCGGCCGGCGCCAUCCUCAACUCCUCCCUGGGCGAGGAGAUAGAUUCUCAUGAUGCAGUUUUGAGAUUUAACUCUGCUCCUACACGUGGCUAUGAGAAGGAUGUUGGAAAUAAAACCACCGUGCGCAUCAUUAAUUCCCAGAUUCUGACCAACCCCAACCAUCACUUCAUUGACAGUUCAUUGUAUAAAGAUGUCAUUUUGGUGGCCUGGGACCCCGCUCCUUACUCUGCAAAUCUUAACCUAUGGUACAGGAAGCCAGAUUACAACCUGUUCACCCCGUAUGUUCAACAUCGUCAGAGAAACCCAAAUCAGCCAUUUUACAUCCUUCAUCCUAAAUUUAUAUGGCAGCUUUGGGACUUUAUCCAGGAGAACACUAAGGAGAAGAUUCAGCCCAACCCACCAUCUUCUGGUUUCAUUGGAAUCCUCCUCAUGAUGUCCAUGUGCAGCGAGGUGCAUGUCUAUGAAUAUAUCCCUUCUGUCCGGCAGACGGAGCUCUGCCACUACCACGAGCUGUACUACGACGCGGCCUGCACGCUCGGCGCCUACCACCCGCUGCUCUACGAGAAGCUCCUGGUGCAGCGCCUGAACACAGGUGCCCAGGGGGACCUGCGCCGCAAGGGCAAGGUGGUCCUGCCGGGGCUCCAGGCCGUGCGCUGCCCGGCGCCCAGCUCCGCCGCUCCACACUCUUGAAAAGGGACUCUUGGGAAUCAAUGUGCAAUAAGGUACUACUGUUGUACUCUAAGUCAUAAAAGAAUACUUGAAGAUAGGUUUUAGGCAGUGUAGUCUUGCGUCUUUAAACUGUAAUGUAGUGGUGGUCACGAGAAUUCUCUUUCUAAGCCAUUGAGUAUUUAUUACUGCUUUGGAUAUAGAAAUGGAAUUAAAAGGAAAAAAAAGCUCAAGAAAGAUGCAAAAAAAAAAAGAUGUCUAGAAAAAAAGCAAAUGGGUAGUAUACCUCCAAAAAUGUUAAGCUUUUCUUAGGCCCUGGGCACCACUGACCAGGGUUGGUUUCAGCUACAGAUUUCAGUGAUACACCUGGUCCUAUGAAAUGGGCUGUACCGGGAAACACCCGCCUUGGGCUACAGCGUCUGUAGUCUCUAGUGUGCUAGUGUGCUUGUACAUGUGUUCAUCAUUAAAGAUCUAGCGUUCGUGCGAACAUCUGAAUUAUCACUCAGAUGUGUAUAUUUUAAUGGCAGAAAUCCUCAGCACAUGCUACGAGGUGCACAUUUCCAAACCGCUGCAUCCCCUCUCUGCUGCCCAGUGCCCAUGGAAUGCUGUGCUCUUCAUGUGUCAGGACCAUAGAGCAUCCGUCCUAAAGUCCAGGGCAAAGCCAGCCCCAGAAUAGCAUCAUCGAGGAGACUCUUUGUUACCUGCAGUGUCCCCUACUCCACUAGGAGUGUCACCUAGACGGAGAGGAAUGUCACUGGCCAGGAAAGGCAGCUGCGCGGGGCCCAGGGUGGCCGUGGACAGGAUGUCCCCGGCUCCAGCUUUCUCACCUUGCACCUCUCACCUGCCAGGCUCCUCAGCUCCUUUCGUAGUUACACCCACUGACAUUAGGACGCCCUGUGGGGGCUCCUCCCACUCUGGAAGGAAGGAUGGCGGAGCAGUCCCCCUGUGCUUCUGGGGAUGCACACCCAUCUCCUUUAUACACAUUUCUUAUAGAUUAACGUCAGCUUUGAGAGCCCAGCAGCAAUGUACUAAAUUUUCACUAAUUCUUCCUACAGACAGACAUUUAGGGAUCCCAUCCUUGUUUUCAUAGAUAUGUUUAUAUAAACAUAACAACAUAAAAGCAACAAAACAAAGCCAUGUAAGUAAAUAAAAUUGUGUGACAGCAUUGCUCUUUAACAACAAGUAAAAUACAUGUAUGCUUCAGAGGAAAGGAAGAUAGAGGGAAAUUGUCAUCCCAGUGUGUUAGCUAUAUUCAGUUUUGUUUUUUUUAAACCUCAACUUUUUGUCACUGAUACAUUGAAAAACAUUUUUUUUGCUGUGAAAGUAGUGAAACAGAAACUUUCUAGAAUACCAUAAUUAAACGUGCUGUUUCAGUAUGUCACCAGAACGCGUCUCAGUGCUGCGGUUACGUCUUCCUGCAGUGACAGUAGCAGCUUAAUUAAACAUGUUCUCCCGUGCAAGUAUGGGAAUGUCAGGAGAGUUUAGUGGAAAAGUUUUGUUGUCCCAGGAUUGGUGUUUUCCUGAGCACUCUCGAGGCCACUUUCUUGAGAAGAAGGGUUUACAGAAACAGACAGCUUCGUUUGGUCGGUCCCCUCCACAGAAAUCAGAGUGGGUAGCAGACCUCUCCUCUCCUCUGACUUACUGUGAUAGUGAAGCAGGAGUAAUUGAAAAGUUUUAAUCCCAGCAGUAUCCACUAGAAGCCCAAUGGAGAGCUUUGUUUCUAGAUCUGUGAGAAAGGAUGGAUAAUUCUGUCUCACACAUUAGCUCAUUUCUGAGCAGACAUGGUCAAGCCGCUUUUCUUUCUGAUUUCCUGGAAGAGCUUCGUCUUCCCGAAGGCGUGUGUAGGGAGUUGGGAGUCUGGCGAAGUCGCUGGAGAGGUGGCUCUGUCGUGGUGAGCGGUCCUCCCGCAGCCCUGUUUCUCCCUGGGCCUUCCAGGCUCUGCCUGCAGGUGCCCAAGACAUUGACAUUCCUUUGACAGUGUCCCUAGUGGAUUUCCUUCCUGACAUCCUUAUUAUCCAGAACAACCUCCUUUGGUGACAUGAGAACUUGGUUAGAGGAAAAUUUAUUGGGGUCAGUGUAAAUAUUCAAGUUCAAAAGCCUGAGAAAACACUUCAAAGAUUUUUAAAUAGCAUUUUAUUGUAACACAUGUACGUUUUAAAAGCACUUUCUGUCUUCAGAAAAACUGAAGAACAUAAAGGAGAUUUAAUUAAAAUUUUUGAAUUUAUUAUGGCCUUAAAGACUCUUGGGAAUCAGGGUCUGUUAAGUAUUCAGAAAAUGUGGUACACAUAUUAAUAUAGCGUGGGCUGGGCAUUCUUCUAUUUAAAAGUUUAAAUUGUUUAGCCUCUCAAAAACAUUAGGCAGUUAGCGUUAACAUGAUGCCUGCUUCUAGUAUUGCCAAAUUGGCCCUAAGUGGUAGUAUGUUGCCAGGCUUUGACCAAGUCCUUACAUGCUGCAUUUACACACAGCCCUCCAUGGAGAAAUUAACAGUAGAUGGUGUCCCGCUACACUUCUCCCAGGUCCUGUCCUUCCAAAACCCUCCAUCUGCUUUUGUGAAGGGACACUGAUAAAAUCCUUGUGCAAUCAGAAGCCAUUAGGUGUCCCUUUUUUCACUCUCAGGACUAACAAAGUCACAUUGCUUUGUGUUUUAGGAUAACUUCACUUGACCGUUUUUUGUUUUGGUUGUUAUCACACAAAAACAAAUGUUGAUCAAGAAUGACAACUCACCUUCAUCUAGAGUCUCCCUAACUCAUUUCCCCAGUCCCUCCACUGGGUACAAGGGUGCGGUGUGACAGGUGUAGCAUCCUCACUGUCCACAUGGAACACCAGUACUGGCCUUGUGUGUCUUAGCCUCCCCACGAUGCCCUUACAGGGGUGCUCAUAUCCAGAUCUUUGUGCACAGGGCCACGAGGUGGACAGUUAAAAGUUGCAUGUAAGCAUCAAGCAACAUCAGGGGUGUGCAUUACAAAGGGCCAAGUGAGGGGCUUUUGCACAUCUUUCCUUGUCUGCCUGGACGCAGAGCUCAAGGAACCCGGUUUCAGCAAUGGUACUUUCCACGUGUCUCGUGCCCUCGAUCUCUCAGCCGGACACUUAAUCAAUCCUGGACUCUCCAGUGAUCAUCUGUCAUUGUAGCCAUAGCAUCUGGACAAAGCAAUGCUGAAAUAAUCAUUAGCAUUUUCAAAAUUAGGAAAUAAAAGCAACUGUUUAAAGCUACCACGGGGAACUCUGUUGUACGUUUACGAGCCAGUUCAUUCUGGUGGAGCAGAUUAAUACCUUGUGCUGUUGGCCGACUCUUCGGGCAGGAACACUUACAACCACUGAAUUCCUAAGGUCCUGUUUGGCUGCAUUAAGUGAGAUCAGUCUCACGUGAGUAAUAGUAUGUGAUAUAAGAAUUCUGUGUACACAAAUGACAUGAUGCGAGUUCUCUGUCCAGGUUUCUUAGAGACCAGUACAGUAUGUGUUUGAGGGUGGCGGCCAGAGUGACCUAGUUCCGUUUCUGCUUGCUGUGGGAAGAGACAAAAAGGAGGUAGGGGACCAUGGAGAAGUGCACGAUCAUAUAUGGGCCAGACAGUCUCUGAAUGAAUUCUGUCAUAUUGUCUGUUGCAACUUCUCCCUUUCUGAUAGAUUAGGACUCCUACCCAGUGGUUACACAACUGAUGAAGGCAGCUAUGUUUAGAAAUUAAUUGCUUAGGUAAAAUGUGCCUGAGUUCAAACUUGUUUUUUAUACUCUGGAUAUUUCCAUUGUGAAAUUAUUCUGCAUGUUUCUGUCACUCAGGCAUUAUUUACACAAUUGGUAAAUGAAAGAUAUUUCUCUGUUAAUUCAAGGAAAUAAAUUGUAAGUUCUGAUUCCUCUUUUAUUAAAUGAAUGAAGCCUUUUAGUAAGAAAAAAGAAUCUAGCAUAUUCCUCUACAAGCUUGGAAUAAUAGAAUUUAAAGAAUUAAAGACAUUGAUACAGUUCUUACUCUUGUUAUAAAAAGUAUGCAUGUAGAUAUAGUUAUGUAAUUGUAUAUAUACAUAUCUACACACAUGGUUGGUUUUAUAUUGUCUUUUUUCAUCAAACUUUAUUUCUGAAAUCUUUACAGUAAAUUUUAUUUUAAUUAUGCAAACACCAUUUUUUUUUUAAAGAAGGAAGCAAAUGUUGUAUGUCCUGUUAAAAAAAACAUUCAGUCUUCCCACACUCAUAUUCUGCACAUCCUGGCUCCAUUAAAAAGUAUGGCAGAAGCAUUUGAAAGACACUGUGAGGGUAGGACCGCUACCUAAAGGUUGUCUCCUGCUCAGAGCCUGUUUGAACUGAACUUUGAUGAGAAGCUUGUCUGUAGCUCAUGGCUCUACAAGAUUAGGGGGAGAAACAUGUAUUGGUUCUAUGAAAAAUAGUCUUUUUACUAGGUAGAUUUCACACAAAUUAACUGCAUUGGUAGUGUUAAAACCUAACAUUUGUAAUACUACAUGUUCUGUUUUACUCUAGAUGAGUUACUUAUGAAAUUUUUCCAGUGGAAACCAGUGACCUUUUUUAGCAGCUUUGAGAAUUUUUUUGUAUGAUAGUUUUUAAAAUGAAAUGUGUACUCUUCAAACUAAUUAAGUCUUGAGGUUUUCCAGGAGUCACAUUUUAAAAGUGUUUGUACACAUUUUAACACUUUGAUAUUUUCUAUUUUGGUUUUGUAUAUUUGUAUGUAUACACAGUG